AUUAGAAAUGUUGCGCAAACGCUAAUUCAGAGUUUUGUAACCCGUCACAAACAAAGCGUUUCGAAUUUCCCGCAGUCCGUCAGCGGGCACGUGAUUGCGAUUCGCAAUCUGAUUGGUUUUGUCGCAGCGUCAGUUUUAAAGAACCUCCACGAGCUGCGUUUGUAUUGGCCAGCUGUGUUCUAGCGCCAAGAUCUCAACAAAAAGUCUGAACUCAGGGAAUCAAAAUGCUUUCUGCUCGCUCUCCUCUUUCCGUCAAGAGUGAAAACACACUCAGCGGUGCGAUCGGCAGCAUGUCUCUGGACAAAGAAAACACGCCUCCGAGCCUGAACACGACCCGCAUCUUGGCGUCUAAAGCCGCGCGUAAAAUCUUCGACGAUCCUGCGCCCAGAGCCGUGAAGAAGAGCGGCAGCGAGGAGGAGGAGGAGGAGCCGCUGCUGAAGGAAAACCCUCGUCGCUUCGUCAUCUUCCCCAUCCAGUACCACGACAUCUGGCAGAUGUACAAGAAGGCCGAGGCUUCGUUCUGGACCGCAGAGGAGGUGGAUCUGUCCAAAGACCUGCAGCACUGGGAGUCUCUGAAGGACGAGGAGAGGUACUUCAUCUCUCACGUGUUGGCUUUCUUCGCUGCCAGCGACGGCAUCGUCAACGAGAAUCUGGUGGAACGCUUCACCCAGGAAGUGCAGGUGACGGAGGCCAGGUGUUUCUACGGUUUCCAGAUCGCCAUGGAGAACAUCCACUCAGAGAUGUACAGCCUGCUCAUCAACACCUACAUCCGAGAUCCCAAAGAGAGAGAAUACCUUUUCAACGCCAUCGAGACUCUGCCGUGUGUGAAGAAGAAGGCCGACUGGGCGCUCAACUGGAUCGGCAACAAAACGGCCAACUACGGAGAGCGUGUGGUGGCCUUUGCCGCCGUGGAGGGAAUCUUCUUCUCCGGUUCCUUCGCUGCGAUCUUCUGGCUGAAGAAGAGGGGCCUGAUGCCCGGCCUGACCUUCUCCAACGAGCUCAUCAGCAGAGACGAGGGUCUGCACUGUGACUUCGCCUGUCUGAUGUUCAAACACCUGGUGAAGAAGCCGCCGACAGAAACCGUCACCAGCAUCAUCAGGAACGCCGUGGAGAUCGAGCAGGAGUUCCUGACCGAGGCUCUGCCCGUGAAGCUGAUCGGGAUGAACUGCGAGCUGAUGAAGCAGUACAUCGAGUUUGUGGCCGACAGACUGAUGCUGGAGCUCGGCUUCACAAAGAUCUAUCGAGUGGAGAACCCCUUCGACUUCAUGGAGAACAUCUCUCUGGAGGGAAAGACCAACUUCUUCGAGAAGCGGGUUGGCGAGUACCAGAGGAUGGGCGUGAUGUCGGGCCCCACCGACAACACGUUCAGGCUGGACGCCGACUUCUGAGGGGCGAUGUGGAGCAGCAGGAGACACUGGAGUCCACCUUGACACCCUGCGGACAGACUGGUGCAGAAUGCAGAGCAGGGAGUCCAACACUAUACAGACUGUCAGGGCCCAUGCAGGGCAGAUGAACCGUUUCCUGGUGCAGCUGGUGAACAGUUGCAUUAACGAAACAAAUGUCAUGUUUUAAAUUGUUUUACCUGCAUUUUCUAAUAAAAUGAUUUUUGUGAGUACUUUUAAAUCUAUUUUUGUCAGAUGUGUAUAUUUGAUGUUUAUUUUGUAAUGUCUUUUGUUUUUGUAAUUAAAGUCAAAUCAACAGAAACUUUUUCUUCUGUUUUCUGAAGGAGAGCAGCUGUUACAGAUUUUAAUAAACAUCUCACUGGUCUCA